AUGUCCGCGGCAAACAACACCGCGAAUGCCCCACCGGCGGUUUCGCCGACCGCACCUGGAACCAACCACCCCAGUUUCUCCAAUGGUGACGGGGACAUUAUUGUUGCAGAUGAUUUCACCGACGACGACAACGCUUCUACCAAUGGCUCAAGCCUUGCUUCUUCCAGCACGAGCGUUAGCAGCUCGGUUCUUAGCUACCGGCUCGAAAACGGUCGGACCUAUCACAAGUACAAAGAUGGCAAAUACUUCAUGCCCAACGACGAAAGAGAAAACGAUAGACUCGGUAAGAUGGUUCAAAAACUGCCUGGAAAGCAUAUGCUGAUUGAAGAACGGGGUGUAGACCUCCAACACAACAUGUUCAUUCGCUCAUUCAACGAUCGGCUGGGAACUGCCCCUCCUAAUGAUCCCGGCGCCAAAGUCGGGCGCGUUCUUGAUCUCGGUACCGGCUCCGGCAUCUGGGCCAUCGACUUUGGGGACGACAAUCCUGGAGCCGAUGUCACUGGAGUAGACUUGUCCGCCUCUCAGCCGGAAUUCGUACCUCCAAACGUCCGUUUCGAAAUCGACGAUGUCGAAGAGCCUUGGACAUACUCACUUCCGUUUGACUACAUUCACAGUCGAAUGAUGACUUUCAGCAUUGGCAACUGGGAUGCGUAUCUUCAGCAAGCCUUUGAUCAUCUCAACCCUGGUGGUUACCUUGAGCUCAACGAGACGGACCAAAUGCCAGUGUCUGACGACGGCACGCUAAAAGAAGAUUCUGCGCUUGUCAAGAGCAUCAAAAUGCUGGAGGAGGCUGCAAUCAUCUUCGGUCGUCCCUUUACGGACAUUCCAGGCCUCAAGGACAAGAUGAUCCAGAUCGGGUUCGAAGACGUACAUAUCCAGCGCUUCAAAUGGCCUACUAACGGAUGGCCGAAAGAGCGUAAGUACAAGGAACUUGGUCUCUGGAAUUAUGAGAACUUUGCGCCGGGUUGGGAGGCGUUCACGAUGGCACCUCUGACCAGAGCCCUCGGUUGGACAAAAGAAGAGGUUCUUAUCCACGUCAUGGAAGUCCGCAGGGAUCUGGCCGACCGAAACAUCCAUGCGUACUUCUCAAUUUACUCUAUUUGGGGAAGGAAGCCCAAGGAAACCCCCGAGGCAACGGGUGCCACUGAGACACCGGCAACUUGA